CUUUAGUUGCGGCAACUCUCUCUUCCCUCCACAAUUCUAUUCUAUCCAGUCCGCCCAAGUUACUAUAGAUAAAAGAAAAAGAAAAAAAAAACGGAAAGAUUAAGGCCAUCAAUAACAGUCUUGUUCAUCAAUUCCCUUUUCUCCUACCAUGGCUUCUUUGCCCUCUGUUGCUAUCACUGGCACUCUCAGGCUUGGAACUGAACUCAAAAAGCACCCCUCUGCCACCGAAAAGACUUCUAACAUUUCGUAUCAAAGGAGUUCUAUAAAUACCCAAUCGGAUGCAAAUCUUGAACCAUUCAGGCCUCUGGAGUUUCACGAAGCGCUUUCAUUGAUAAAAGAGGGCGAACAAGUUGAGUCCUCUUAUUAUGUUCCUCUUUUGCAACAUUGCAUAGACAAGGUUUCGGUCCCAGAGACUGAAAUGGUUCAUGCUCACGUGAUAAAGACUGGAACCCAUGAAGAGUUUUUUGUUAUGUCAUUUCUAGUCAAUGUUUAUGCAAAAUGUGGGGUUAUGGUAAAUGCUAGAAAAGUUUUUGAUAAUUUGCCUAGAAGAAAUGUAGUCGUGUGGACAACUUUGAUGACAGGUUAUGUUCAAAAUUCACAACCUGAGGUAGCUGUUGAGGUUUUUGGAGACAUGUUAGAAUCUGGGUCAUUUCCUUCAAAUUUCACUCUGUCAAUUGCUUUGAAUGCUUGUUCUUCUCUGGAGUCUAUCACAUUGGGGAAACAGUUCCAUGCCUUCAUUAUUAAGUACCGGAUCAGUCACGACUCCAGUAUUGGAAAUGCUCUCUGUAGUUUGUACUCGAAAUUUGGCAGCUUGGACUCUUCGGUUAAAGCUUUUCGUGAGACUGGAGAAAAGGAUGUAAUUUCCUGGACGACGAUUAUAUCUGCUUGCGGUGACAAUGGCAGAGCAGGAAUGGGUUUAAGACUUUUCAUUGAAAUGCUUUUUGAGAAUGUUGAGCCUAAUGACUUCACACUAACAAGCGUGUUGAGCUUGUGCAGCACAAUACAGUCUUCGGAUCUGGGGAUGCAGGUUCACUCAUUGAGCACUAAACUUGGCCAUGAAUCAAACCUGCGCAUCACAAAUUCUCUUGUUUACUUGUACCUUAAAUGUGGAUGCAUUGAUGAGGCGAAGAAUUUGUUUAAUAGAAUGGAAUAUAAGAACUUGAUUACGUGGAAUGCAAUGAUUGCAGGUCAUGCUCAAGCAAUGGAUCUUGCGAAAGACAAUUUUUCAGCACAGCAAACUGGAACUGAGGCACUCGGCAUGUAUUUGAAGUUGAAUCGCUCUGGCAGGAAACCUGAUCUAUUCACCUUGUCAAGUAUCCUAACUGUAUGCAGUAGGCUGGCAGCCUUAGAGCAGGGGGAACAAAUACAUGCCCAGACUAUUAAAUCAGGGUUUUUAUCAGAUGUAGUUGUUGGAACUGCACUUGUGGAUAUGUACGACAAGUGUGGAAGUAUUGAGAGGGCAAGAAAAGCUUUUCUGGAUAUGUCUACAAGAACAUUGAUAUCUUGGACCAGCAUGAUUACAAGUUUUGCACGGCAUGGCCAGUCUCAGCAUGCACUGCAGCUUUUUGAAGACAUGAGGCUAGCUGGAUUCAGGCCAAACCAGAUCACUUUUGUGGGCGUUCUGGCUGCAUGUAGCCAUGCUGGAAUGGUCGAUGAAGCACUUGAGUAUUUUGAAAUAAUGCAAAAGGAAUACAAAAUUAAGCCAGUAAUGGACCAUUAUGGAUGCUUGGUUGACAUGUUUGUGAGGCUAGGUAGACUAGAUGAAGCUUUUGAUGUCAUCAAGAGAAUGGAUGUAGAACCAAACGAGUUUAUAUGGUUGCUCUUGAUUGCUGGGUGUAGAAAUCAUGGGAAUGAAGAACUAGGGUUUUAUGCUGCUGAACAGUUACUCAAACUCAAGCCCAGAAGCACUGAGACUUAUGUCGUGUUGUUAAAUAUGUACAUCUCUGCAGAGAGGUGGGAGGAUGUUUCUAUGGUGAGAAGAUUGAUGAAAGAGGAGAAAGUCGGAAAGUUAAAGGACUGGAGUAGGAUCAGCAUUAAGGGAGAGGUUCAUUCAUUCAAAACAAAUAACCGGUUGCAUAACCAUACUGCAGAGCUGCAUACACUAUUGAAUGAUUUGGUUGACAGAGCAAAGAGUCUCGGGUACGAGCAGUUCGAGAAUAUGGAGGUAAUUGAUGAUGAGGAAGAGGAAGCCGAACAGAAGGCAUUCUCUUCUGCUGUUUACCACAGUGAGAAGUUGGCAGUAACUUUUGGGUUAUUGAAUACGCCCAUUGGUGCACCAAUUAGGGUCAUCAAGAGUGUCACUAUGUGCAAGGAUUGCCAUGAUUUUAUGAAGGUUGUCUCAUCACAUACCACUAGACAUAUCAUCAUUAAAGAUGGGAAGCGGCUUCAUAAGUUUGUUAAUGGACAAUGUUCAUGUGCAGAUUCACAUGGUCUUCUUUGACAUCUCCAUUUGACUUAGUGGGAUUAACUCUAUUUUUUUUUCUUCGGCUGUUUGGAAUUUCAUGAAAAUUCAUUUCAUCUGAUAUUUUCGAGAGCUCUUGUUGUAAAACAGAAAUGCGAGAACAUUUGAUUCGUGACAAAUGUAGGGCCAUUUUUUCACUCA